AUUUUUUUAACAAGUCUUGCACGAUUUUAACGAGAAUAGUCAAAUGAAAUGGUUAACCAAUGUCGUGCCUGCCUCAGUUCGAAAGACACCUCCUUUAUUCGUAUGGAGACGCACAUAGGCGAUGGUGUCGAUUUCUUUACUUGCUUCAGCUUAUGCACACAAUUGGAAGCGGAACUAGAUGACGGUCUGCCAGGAGUUUUGUGCACACAUUGUUCUCAAGAUCUCGAAAUAUCUUUUAAUUUCUUGCAAAAUGCCAGACAGGCUGAUGGAAUACUGCGUGAAAGCUUUUCACACAAGUACUUGUCCGCCGAAAUAGAAUCAUUGGAUAGCGAAAUGGGUGAUACUAUAAUGGAGCCAUUAGAUGUGGUAGAAGGCAGUGAAAUGGAAGAUUGUGUGGUUGAGGAAAUCAUAGAACACGUACAUGUUCCAGAAGAUGUUGCCGAAGAUCGGGAAGAUAGUAGUGUUGUAGAAAUAAUGGAGAUAGAAAAAAAUGAUCUGAACAUUUGUGAAAGCUCUUUAGAUGAGAUAGAACUUAUCGAUAAUAGUUAUGUGGACCAAACUGUAGAGACGGCGGAGGUUGUGGUGGACGAGGUACAUGAAUCGCAACCAAAAACCACAGAGUAUUAUGCAGAAGAUGAAGGUGACGAAGAGUACUUAAAAGAGUACAAAGAAGAUGUGCAGCAAUCGGACGCAGAAAAUACUGGAUCAAAAGGAGGAAAAUGGAAAUGCAUAGAAUGCAAACUUGUUUUGUGUGGCGACGUUUCUUAUGAAGGCCAUAUGAAUAUGCACCGUUCAUUGCGACCAUACAAAUGUACCAUAUGCAUGUGCGCAUUUCGUUGCAAAAAUAAACUUGAUCACCAUAUACAACUGCGACAUACACAAGAAGUGGAGCAUCAAACCACCAACCUAAACAAUUGUAAAAAGUGUACCAAAAUCUUCGAAGCACCCGAAGAAUUACAAGAACACCAGGAAUUAAUACAUCCCGAUAGUUAUCCUGUACAAUGUAGACGCUGUCUGUUGUUACCACCAUUCGCGCGAACAAAAUUAGCGGAACACUUUCGUAACGAACAUCCAGCAGAACAUCGGAAAUACUUUCCCACUGUGGGUAGGCCACCAAAUGAACCAGCCAAACAAACACCAUGGCAAUGUGAAGUGUGUAAAUGUUAUCUGCGUUCAGAAAGUGCAUUGCGUGAUCACAGGCAUACGCACCAGAAUGAACGACCGCAUGAGUGCCAAUUUUGUGCGAAACGUUUUGUUACUACCAGUAAUUUACGUCAACAUAUGCGCGGCGUACACACCGAGGAAUAUGAGAAGCUAGUUAAUGAAGGCGGUGAUACGAUAGUGCAAUGUGAAAUGUGUAAAAAGCAAUUACUUAGACGAAAUCUCGAAAAACAUAUGGCAUUACAUGUGAAAAAAGAGCGCGAGGCUAAAGAGACUCAAACGAAAUUUCUCUGUGCCUACUGCUCACGCGAGUGUAAAAGUCAAAAAUCCCUCAACCAACACGAGAAAAUGCAUCAGGGCGCAUCACCGGACGUUAUAUAUAUUUGCUCGGACUGUGAUCGUUCCUAUGCUACACAGCAUUUGUUGCAGCAACAUCGCAAACAAGCACACAAAGAACGAGACCACUUUUGUCCAAUAUGCGGCAAUGCUUUUAAACUCAAGAAUCAAUUGGUUAAUCACAUGAAAUUGCAUUUGGAAAAAAAUAUCAAAUGUCCACAUUGCGAGAAAUGUUAUGCGCGUAAAUUCGAUUUGGAUGUGCAUUUGCGUAGUCAUACCGGAGAGCUGCCGUUCGCCUGUCAUCUGUGUGAGAAACGUUUUGCGAUAAAAGUGCGUUUAACAUACCAUCUACAGAAGCACUAUGGCAUAAAGCAUCGUUGCAAGGAUUGCGGUGCGGAAUUCAAUUCGAAACAGAAAUUAAAAGCACAUAGUUUCAAGCACACAGGCAUGCCCUAUCGUUGCGAAAGAUGUGAUGGGCAUGGCUUUGCCAAUCGGGAUGUCUUUAAACGCCAUUUGCAGCGCGUGCACUGCACGAGUAUGAGCGACGAAGAGUUAGUUGCCAUGUUCCAGCAAAACACUGGCAAGGCCACCCGCAUUAAACAGGUUGAAUAUUUUGACGAACAUUCGCAAGGGGCGGCUUUAAAAACAGCUACGGAAGCGGACAACACUUUGAUUAAUGCAGAUGAAAUUGCAAUGGAAUCGGAAGUGGUGCACAGCUGAAAGGAGUGCCAGUAGAGAUUUUGUACUUUAAGUUGUAUAUACAGUUAUAUGUACAUCUAGCAUUUUAGACGAAAUUAGAUAAAAUAAAGAGUAAGCUAAAUUUACGAGCAUACAUGCACACUAGAAAA